AUGUCCAACCCAUUUGAUUUGUUAGGUAACGACGUCGAAGACGCUGACGUCGUGGUUUUGCCACCAAAGGAACUCGUCAAGAGCAGCACUUCUUCCAAGAAGGCUGACGUUCCACCUCCAUCUGCUGACCCAUCUAAGGCUAGAAAGAACAGACCAAGAGCUUCCGGUAACGAAGGUGCUAUUAAAGACAAGGCUGCCGGUAGAAGAACCAACAAAUCAAAGGAUGUCACUGACUCUGCCGAGACCAAGAAGCCUAACACUAGAAAGGCCACUGACCGUCACUCUAGAACAGGUAAGACUGACACUAAGAAGAAGGUUAACCAAGGUUGGGGUGACGACAAGAAGGAAUUGAGUGCUGAAAAGGAAGCUCAAGCCGAUGCCGCCGCUGAAAUUGCUGAAGAUGCUGAGGAGUCUGAAGACGCUGGUAAGCCAAAGACCACUCAAUUGUCUCUACAAGACUACUUGAACCAACAAGCCAGCAACCAAUUUAACAAGGUUCCAGAAGCCAAGAAGGUUGAAUUAGACGCUGAAAAGAUCGAAGCUGCUGAAAAGGAAGCUUACGCUCCAGCCACCAAGGUCAAGAACGUCAAAUCCAAGCAAUUGAAGACCAAGGAAUACUUGGACUUCGAUGCCACUUUUGCUGAAGCCAACUCUAAAAAGAACUUUGGUGACAGAAAGAACUUCGGUGACAGAAAGAACUUCGGUGACAGAAACAACACCAACAACAGAGGCAACUUCAACAACCGUCGUGGUGGUAGAACCGCCAGAAAGGGCAAUGACAGCACUGCCACCAGCAACACUGCUAACUCUGCUAACUCUGUUCAAAAGAACCGUAACAUCGACGUUUCUAACUUGCCAUCUUUGGCUUAA